AUGCGGCAUCGGCGGCUGCUUCUGUUUCUCGCCUUACUGUGUUGGAUAAGGUAUUCAAGGCCACAACGACCAACAGAGGAUAUUUUCCGGAAUUUAUUCCCAAUUCAACCACCUCAUUGCUCAAAAACUCCCAUUGUCAUCGCUCAGCCGUCUACAAUUGCGAAUGAGGCCGUCACGAGGAGCGGAAUGCAGAUGCAGUUUUACUUGGGUCUGCACACAACAGUCUGCUUCCGACUUGAAGAAGGCGUCGCCAUCGCUUCCAAUCACACCGACCACCUCUUCCAGACGCAGUCACAACGCCCAUCCUCUUGGCUUCAUACUGUCCGGCUCGAUCGACUUGAGCACCACCAUCCCGUAACCCAGCGAUAUCAGUUCGGCAUUCCAGAAGUGAGAGCGAUUGCAUCUGUGAAUGCAACGCUGCUUCUGAAAGUUGUACUGCAGAGUCGCAUCAGUACACCCAAUGCCCUGAAGACCCCAAUCGGGACUUUGAAUCAGACGUACACUGCAGUAAAAGUUGAGCAACCGUCAACUUUUGCCACAUUUGUAUAUACCGCCUAA